AUGUUUGAUUUGGAUUUAGGAAACGUCUUCCAAAAAUUAAAAAUGGACAUCACACUUCCUAAGCUCAAAUACGAGAUGGGGAAGGAACCUGUGAAUGGAUUCAAGGCGAUAGACAAGUACUCGGACUUCAAGUACAUCGCCAAGGUGAAGGAGAUACUCGGGUCUGAGCAGUUUAAGAGAGUCGAGGACUCUUUCUUGGGUCCGGAUGGACAUUCACCCGACGACCUGAUAGAACUCAUGGCCGAAGCCGGAGAGGAUGCUCAUGAUGAGAGGUUUUCUUUGGCUAUGGUGCUGCUCAUAGAGACAAUUUUUCUUCAUAGGUAUUCGAAGGCUUUGUUCCCAACAUCCAAUCUACAAAAAGCGCAACACAUGGAUGUAUUGCUGAAUCAUCACUGGGGGAUAGAUGCUUACGAAAUGCUGUUAAAAUCAGUGAAGAAGACUGUGGAGAAGAAUCUAGAAAAUUCCAAGUACCCUCUAGACGGGUUCCCUUUUGUGCUUCACCUAUGGAUCUUGGAAUCCGUACCCAAGCUCCAAUUGGCUUUCUCUACCAUUGACAACACAGUCCCGCCCACAGCUUUUUUGUGUGUGAAAUACCUUUACACAACAUCUCCUCCCAUCAAAACUGUUUUGAGCAUAGAAGGCGAAAGUGAUAUGGAUGCCGUACACAUCCUUCCAAAAAUACAUGGUGACCUCGAAGACACCGUGUUUUUGAAAGACAAAUGCGAUGAAGAUCUGCAUUCGCUUGUGGAUCUGUUGGAGAAGGGUUUCAGGCUGACACGUGAUCACUGGAAAACAAAUAUUGUGAAGAGAGACGAUGCAUUGCAAUACAUUGCAUCGCAGUCAUAUCGCUAUCCCCAUUCAGAAAGAGCGAGAUGA